AUGGCAGCAGCCCUCCAACAUCCUACAGCACUCUGUUCCCCGGACUUUCGCAUUUCUAUCGCCAACUAUUACACCGUCCUUGGUAUCUUCCAAGUCCACCUAUAUGAUGUAUGGCCAAUCAUCGAUGUAGAGAAUCUCAAGUUGCAGUUAAAUAGCGAAAAGGCGAUUGAUCCCAGUUCUCACGCACUGGCGGCUGCCUUGUGUGCUGCAACGCUGGCACAAACCCGACUCUGGCUUACCAAAGAUACAUGCCCCGAAGGUCUUGCUGUGACAGCCCACGAAUUUUUAAAGGAAUGUCUACGAGUUCGAUUGGAGCACAGCUACAACCAAGCACCAUCUCUUCAAGCUCUUGUGACAUCGAUCUUUCUUCACAUGUACUAUGCCAAUCAAGACCAGGUCACGCCGGCGACGAUCUCCCUUCGUGAAGCUAUCACAUAUGCGGACCUAAUGUGCCUGUGUCAUCACGGUCCGCCCAAUGCGGCAGAACCAAGGCAAAGGCAAUUGGAGCUCCGAUGCUAUUGGGUUCUUUUCAUCACUGAGAGGACUUUCUGCAUCCAGCAUGACCUUCCGAUAACCCUCUACAGGAUGCCCGAUCUUCCCGAAGUUGGGUAUAACAGUCCGAUGGCUGAUAGUUUUACUGGAUUUCGCACCCUCAUUCAGCUAUUUCAUCACAUCCAACGCCCUUUAUACCUCGCCUCAUCUAAGAGAAAAGCCAUUGGAGCACCGGAGGAGAGAUACUCCAAGAACGCUAUUUCAGAGAUCCAACAUCUGAUGGAGCUCAAUCAGCCUGGACUCAAACUGAAAUCCGAAAUUCAGUAUGUAGAUAUCCUGACGACAUCUGCUUGGAUCCGCUCUUUACUGUGGCAAUACUCUGUCUCGCACUUCAUGCUUUCAUCGGCGACCUCAAUUCAGCCAUUGUCAUUUGACUACCCACUGUCGAUUGCUAGAGAAUAUUUGGCAUCGAUCUCCCAUGUAUCAAUUGAGUCAGUGCGGAGCCAUGGAUAUGGAAUGGAGAUCAAGCUGCUUCAAGUGGCAAAUCCCAUCUUGGACUUGUUACUUUGUAUGCCAGACCUCGCUAUAUACAAGACAACUCACUUCGGACCACUGGAUGCUCUUCUUGCCAUAGAGCAGCUUCUUUCAAAGGUUGGAGGAUCAAAAUCCGAAAGAUUGUGUCAGUUGCAUGACAGAUUGAGUCAGAUUCCCGCCGCCUUGGAAUAUAUGCCAUCAAGGCUAGAGUACCCUAAACAGGAGGAUGAUUUGCAAGAUGCCUUUGAGCAUGAAACUAUACAUAUGUUACCCACAGCCCUGGAGUAA